AUGGAUCCCGAGAAGACCAGCAACGGCCAGAGGGCCGGAGAGGCGCCCGAGAAGUACUCUGUCUUCACCCCAGCCGAAAAGUGGUGCAUCACCGCCAUGGUGGCAUAUGCCGCUUCGUUUUCGACCUUGAGCAGCUUCAUUUACUACCCGGUCUUGGAACAAUUGUCACAAAGCCUGGCUGUUUCAAUCGAUCAAAUCAAUCUGACCAUUACUUCGUACAUGGCAGUCGCGACAGUAGCGCCAACCUUGCUUGGUGACGCGGCUGACGUACUGGGCCGACGACCCACGUACGUGGUUGCUUUGAGUCUGUAUGUCUCGUAUAUAUCGCUUGUUGCUCUUCGUGUAAUGCAGGCACUGACAAUCUCCGGCGUCUUCUCGAUUGCGUACGGCGUGGUUACUUAUAUCGCUUCUCCGGCAGAAAGAGGAUCAUUUGUUGGUGCCGUAUCUUUUGCCUCAACUCCGUUGGCCAGCGUGACGAUCGCGCCAAGUCUGGGUCCGAUAUUAGGGGGAGGUUUAGCCUAUGCCGCUGGUUGGACCUGGAUCUUCUGGUUCCUGGGCAUUGCCGCAUCGUUAUGCUUGGCGAUCAUAGUCUGCUUUUUGCCAGAGACUUCUCGAAACCUCGUGGGGAACGGUUCAAUCAGACCGUCGAAGCACUUGCAACUACCAAUUCCCGGACUUAUGUGUCACUGGAAGGAAAGCGACGUUGUGGCAAGCCAUAGGUGGCGACUGCCUAACCCUCUCAGAUCCCUGAAGAUACUAAUCCGCAAGGACAAUAUCAUCAUCAUUCUCGCCUGCGGCAUUCUCUACGUGGUCUACACCUGCAUUUGCGCUUCGCUUUCCGUGUUGUUCAUAAACAUCUAUGAGCUAAACCAGUUCCAAGCAGGUCUCAUAUACAUGCCGUUCGGCGUCGGUGGGACUCUUUCAACUUUCUUCUGUGGGCCGCUGCUGAACAAGGCAUACCGUAAAGCCAGGACGGAGCACGGCCUUGCUACAGACAUUACAGCUGGAGAUGACCUAGAUAAAUUUCCCAUUGAGAAGGCUCGUCUGACUGUGAUAUGGAUACCUAUGCUCGUAACCACAUUGUCUGUCGUGGCUUUUGGCUGGGUGUUGCAUUUUCACCAGGUGCGCAUUGUCUUGUGUUCGCAGGUUCCCCAUGACUCGUUAGCUCAUAUAGUCCAGCAUAUCGCAAUUCCGCUCUGUAUCCAGUUCAUUGCCGGUCUCGCCAUGCAACUCGAUUUCAGUAUCUAUAAUACUCUUCUAGUAGACAAAAACCAUCGAACACCAGCAGCUGCUCAAGCUUCUAGUAAAAUAGUCCGUUUUGCACUAGCAGCUAUUGCAACGGUGUUUUUACAGGACUUAAUAGACACGUUAGGCAUCGGUGGGACAUCUACACUCAUGGGGGGCUGUGCCUUGUUAUCACCAGCUUGUUUUUAG